AUGAGGUUUGCUAUUGGUAGUAUUGAAUCAACUCGACUGCCAAAUUAUUCACAGUUGAAAAUUAUUGGCGGAAUAAUCAUUCCAAUUCGAUGGAGACCAUUUAUGGUUUCUCUUCAUUCCGAGAGUGAGUUUAUAUGUGGUGGGACUAUAUUAUCAUCUGUUUGGAUUUUAACUGCCUAUCAUUGCAUAGACCCCGACUUUUAUACAACACGUUAUUAUGUGAGGGCAGGCUCUUCUUAUCAUGAUCAUGGUGGGUCUGUUCAUGCGGUGUUAGGAAGAAAAAUGUACAAUCCUCAAUUACAUAAAUAUGGAAUACCUAUACAUGAUAUAAUACUUUUGAGAAUAAAUCCACCACUUGAAUUUUCUUUUAAAAUUAAACCGGCAAAAUUACCUGACUCUGAUUUCAUUCCUAGCUGGCUUUGGGUCUCAGGUUGGGGUGCAACUGAAACCAAAUCCACGUCUGACUUAUUACGCACAGUCAGGAUCCGUUAUAUUCCUUAUGAAAUAUGUAUCAACAGUGCUCCAUCUUAUGAAGUGCUAUUAAAUCGUAAUUACCAUGUGUGUUAUGGUGACCCAGGUUACGAUUCUUGCUAUGGCGAUUCUGGAGGUCCUUUAUCGGGCACAACAGUAAUUUAUGGAAUAGUUUCAUUCGGUAAUCGCUGUGCGAUAGAUCCUGGAGUUUAUGCCAGAGUAUUUUAUUACAAAGAUUGGAUAAAGGAAGUAACUGGUCAGUCAAACUUUCUCAAAAUGCCUUUAAGAUCGGUAAUCAAUAAACGUCCAUAA